AUGGCGAGAAAUGUUGGUGAGCACGAAGGGAGCACUGAAUCCAGGUCCUGGCUCGGCAGCUGGUUCAGAUGGUGCCCGACAUCUCCACAACUUCUUGCUGAUGCUGAAACUCGAGUACUGAAAUAUGUCAAAUCGAGAUUGGAGAGAUUCUACGAAACAAUCCCUAAUGGCGGACGGAUUUGGACCCUCAAAGUGUUUCAAAGAAAAACAGAAACCCUCCCCAUUGUGAUGGUUCACGGUUUCGCCGGCGCAGCAGGGGUGUUUUUCUUAAAUUUCGAUGCCCUCGCCGAACAUCGCGCUGUCUACGCGUUCGAUCUACUCGGCUUCGGGCGUAGUUCUCGGUACAAGUUUAGCACGAAGCCAGACGUUGCGGAAGAGGAAUUCGUGGAUUCCAUUGAAGAGUGGAGGAAGGGUGUAGGGCUGGAGAAGUUCAUUCUCAUGGGGCAUAGCUUUGGCGGUUUUCUGGCGGCCUCCUACGCUAUCAAACAUCCCAGCCGAGUCAAGCACCUGGUACUGGCCGACCCCUGGGGGUUUCCAGAAAAGACGGAGCAAGCUGCUGAGAUACUAAAACCUCGGGUAUGUUAA